AUGCUUCCCAUAACAAAGAGAUACGUGCCGAUUUUGCGUUUUUUUGCUCGAAAUCGACCUCUGAAAGUAAGAUUUAUCGCCAGCGUGGAUAAUAGCGUAAGAACAGGCACUAAUCAGCAAGAUAAAGACGACACAGUCCACGAUAAGAAAUCACCUGAAGCACAGAGUACAAGCAACGCAACAAAGGGUAAAAUUCAACCAGAUGAAGACUCAAGGAUUAAUAAAAAUGCAAUCAGAGCCGAUCAUAAAUUGGUUCUGAGCAAACUAGCUUUCGAUCUAGAGGAAAGUGAAGUUAAGAAGGCAUUUGAACCGAUAGGAGGUGUGGUCUCAGUAAGUAUUGCACGAAAUCCAAAGACGGGGAAAUCUAGAGGAUACGGAACGAUGAUUUUUCAGACGGCAGAGCUUGCAAAAAGGGCCAGUAUAGAGAUGCAAGGGUUGGUUCUUCAUAACAAACCCAUAAUUACUAGGGUGAAAUCAGAAAUGAGAUACGAGGGAAUCAAAUCAAAGAAAUACGACAUUCUACAUAUUAAGAAUCUGCCUUAUGAAAUGACAAAUGAGGAUUUGUUGAAGUUGUUUGCACCGUACGAGGCUUUGAGGAGCGGAAUUGCAAAAGCACCAAUUACUAGAAAGAAUCUAGGUUACGGAUAUGUUCGAUUUAGCUCCGCAAACUCUGCAUAUAGGGCACUCUUAAAGACGAGAGACUUGAAGUUUCACGAUAGGAGGCUCAAGAUAGCAUUUGCCGAACCUAAGCCUCAUAACUAUAGAUUCAUUGUUUAA